UGCCGGUGAAGGUCUGCCUGACUAGGACCGUACCAUUCAUGACCAGGAAAUCGGGGGUGGGCUGCUAAACCAGCCAGGCUGAAGAAAAAACACACUUUUUUUUUUUUCAAACCUUUUGAACGGAAAUUCUCCCGUCCCCCCCUGUCCUUUACUCCCAAAUAGUCCGCUCCAACCCUGGAGGGGAAAGAGGGAGGGAGAGUGAGACAGCUGAUCAGUGCUGUGGUAUUCUGAGUUUAGAGAACAGAGAGAGAGAGAGACAGAGAGAGAGACGAAGAUUGAGGAAGCUGACAGAAAAAGAGGAAGAAGCUGUAACCGUCCGUGGAGAACAAACAGCCUGAAGAAUUUGAAGGAAGAUAAAGAAAACAUAAAGGAAAAGAAUGUGUUAAAAUGAGAGAGCUAGAAGAAGUGUGAGAGAGAAGGAGAGAGAUAGAGGAGGCUUGAUAUCGAGAAGAAAACAAACGUCUUCAGAAGAAGAAGAAAGUGGCAUGAAACGUGACUCGUGUGCCACGUGAAGUUUCCUGCUGCUGGAGAAAAACAUCUCAAGAAGGAGAGAGAGAGAGAGAGAGAGAGAGAAAGACAAACACAGGGUGAGCAAGCUUGACAUAAGAGGACGGAAAUUUUAAGAAGCAAGAAAAUGCGAUGAAAGGCGACUCGAGGACGUAGGAGGAUAAAGAGAGACUACGAAAGAGAGAGAGACAGAUAGAUAGAGAGAAAGAAGCUUUGGCUGCAGAUCUGUGAAGACGUGUGUGUGCGUGUGAUUUUAAGAAGAGAUGUCGUGGCUGUCGCCUGUGCAGUGGGCCAAAUGGACCUGGUCUGCCAUGAAAGGAGCAGAAGAGGACGAGUUAGAGGAGAACGACAUCCAAAACAGAGAGAUAGAGGAAGAGGAAGAUGAGGAAGAGGAGAGAUCUCAGAGCUUCAGCUCGGAUUCAGAGGGUCAGUUCGAGACGCCCGAGACGGAGUCUCCUGUCCAUCAACUGCAGACUCCACCCACAACACACAUCGCAGACGAGGACGUCUUGUCCAUCACCGUAACAUCAGAGCCGAAACUUACGAACCAGGACCAGUGUCAAAAACCAGACACCGAUGAUUCGGACUGUAACGCCAUUCUUCCGGAAAUUCCCAAGAUGAAAUCUCCUCUCAUUCCUGAAUCCACUGUGAUGGAACCGGUCACACCCAGUCCUGUAAACGUGGACGAUAUUCCUCUUCCCAAAAAAUCAUACACCUUCGAAGCGGAGACAAACCUCCAGGACGAAGAUGAUGCUGAAUCCCUGAAACAAGGAAGUAAAACUGUUCAAAAUCAGGAACCUGCAGGAACGGAACCGGGACGAGAGACGGAUGAUGUUCCUCUGCCUGAAAAUUCCCACGAUUCAGAACAGACGUCCCAAGUCCAAGAGCGGAAAAAAUCUCCGUCUCAGAAACGAGGAAACAAACCUGGAAACAAACUUGCGUCUAAAAAACAGAAGCCCAAAGCGACGGUGGCAGAAAACGACACAGACACUCCUCUAAAUGUGGACGACAUUCCUCUCCCCAAAAAGUCCUACAACUUUGACCCGAGCCAAUGGGACGAUCCCGAUUUCGAUCCUUUUGGAGGGAAAAACAAAGCCCGGAACUCUCCGAAACUCCCGAAAGCAUCGUACAAUUUCAGUCCCGAUAACUUCGACGACUCGCCGGAUGCCUUUAAGCCGUCUAACAAGAUCGUAGAGAGCGAUGACUCGGAGAGAGCCAGCGAUGAGAAGAUGAAGGAGGACCACAGUAAAGAGCAUCCUCUGGUAGAGGAGAAGAAAGUGAGACAGUCACCCAAGAAGAACAAAGACAAGAUCAUCACGACCAAUGAACAAGCUCGCUUUCUCUGUAUGCUGCUGAACACAUGCAAAGUGCAGAAGUAUGAGAACACGUCGUUAGCGCUGGACGUCUGCAAGCAGGUUGAAGAAGAACAGGAGGAACCUGUACGUCACGCCACCGAUGAGGAGAAACUCGCAUCUACGUGCACGAUGCAGAAACACGAUAAAACAACAAAGACGUCAAAAACAGAAGACGACAUCGAGCUAGCGAAAAAAGACCUUUUUCCAGAGAAGGAAAUCUGCACACCUGACGAGAGCUUGGAGAAGACCAGCCCCAACCUUGACUCCAUCCCGCUCACCGAGAUGGACAAAGCCGCUGUUCUGACUCUCAUCAGAGAGGAGAUAAUCACGAAAGAGAUCGAGGCAAAUGAGUGGAAGAGGAAAUACGAGGAGAGCAGAAUGGAGGUGUUGGAGAUGAGGAAAAUCGUGGCAGAAUAUGAGAAGACGGUGGCACAGAUGAUCGAAGACGAGCAGAGGAAGAACAUGGGCUCUCAGAAGAGCGUCCAGCAGCUGACAGCCGAGCGGGAUCAAGCCCUGUCCGAUCUCAACUCAGUCGAGCGCUCGCUCUCGGACCUGUUCCGCCGCUACGAGAACAUGAAGACCGUGCUGGAGGGGUUCAAGAAGAAUGAGGAGGUGCUGAAGAAGUGCGCUCAGGAAUAUUUAGCGCGGAUCAAACAGGAGGAGCAGCGUUAUAAUGUGCUGAAAAUCCACGCUGAGGAGAAACUCGACAAGGCGAAUGAAGAGAUCGCUCAGGUGCGUGCGAGAGCGAAUGCUGAGUGUGUGGCGCUGAACGCUAGCCUGAGGAAGGAGCAGAUGAAGGUGGAGUCUCUGGACAGAGCGCUGGAACAAAAGAAUCAGGAAAUCGAGGAGCUCACCAAGAUCUGCGAUGAACUCAUCGCCAAACUCGGCACAACAAACUGAGCACUGAACACGCCCGGAUUUCGGAUUUCAGCUUUCAGCUGACCGAACCCCGCCUUCCUUCGACACUGCUCCGCCUCCAACAUAUCCCCGCAUGCCUGGAUCUCUCUCCAACAUCUGGAGCGUGGCACUGCAACAACAGCUGAAGUAUCGCACCUGUAAUAGAGACUUUUUAGAUCUUGAGACCUUAACAUGGCGCUCUGUACGAAUCGUCAGCGCUGGCUGGAGUUUCUACACCGUUCAUGGACCUGAACACGCUAGCGCUUUGUUACGGCUCUGCUUUUGGAUGCAGCAUGUUUCAUCCGUGAGGCGAAUGAGUGUGUGUGUGUGUCCGUGUCCUCGUUUUAUAAGCAGGGUGUUAUGUGUAUGAUGGCCAGGUGAGACUGUAUAUCUGUAUCGUGUGUAAGUCAUCCUUCCUUACAAUACAUGCACUUUGUAAUGUGUGUGUGUGUGUGUGUGUGUUUAAUAGAGAGAGAAACAGAAGGCUGUAUUUUCCAGACUAUAAGACAUAUUUUUGGCCGAUCACAUUCAAAUUUUUGGCUUUUACCAUGAAAAAUUGUUGUUGCCAUGGCAACCAGAAUCACAGCUAAUGCACUGAUGUUCAUUAUGAGGCAAAUAAUCACUGACAGGAUAGCUGUGGAGUUAAAGUUUCUGUUACUAACUUGAAGAGUCUUAUGCCGCAAUUUGCCAACACUAACAAUCAAGUUUGAUCUGUUAAUGAAAUGAUUUUUAGCUGUUCUUUGUUACGUUUAGUGUCUGAAGCUGAACCACUUAUGUUAUAGCAGUCCUCAAUUCAUUAUACGAGACGUCUUAGACUCUGGAAAAUAAGGUGUAAUGCAAAUAUCUGUGCUGUAUGUGUGUGUGUGUGUGUGUUUGAUUAAAAACGGGUCCAUGCACUCGUAUUUUUCUCCCUCGCUUCACCACACCACCAGUGCAAGUGCCAGUGCAAUCCCAUGAUGCACACAUUUUAGUGUAAAUAAGAAUUUAUGACGUGUUUAUUUUGUAUUAUAAAGGUUUAUGCUUCGGUUAGUUAAGCGGAAACACCAACAAAUCUAGUGUGUGUGUGCAUGUGUGUUUCAGCGUUCACACACCGGGAUUUGUGUUACAGACGUUUAACCUCUGAAAGAAUAUUUACAUUAUAUAUUUAGUAAUGCACUAAUGCUACGGGUUCCGGACUGAAAUGUUCCCGGUUCAAUAAAGCUGGAGCUUUUAAGAUUUAAUUGGAUUAGCCACGCUAACCUUUCCUUUCACUGCAUAAAAUACACAAGAUCCAUAUUUAGUAACUGAUUACUGCUCUACAAGUUGCUGUAUGGUGUUAUGUAGCUAGUCACUAGUUCACUCAACACUUAGCCAAGUAAUGCAAGCCAGAUAGAUAACCUGAGGUAAAAAAUUUUUGGGAAUAAUUUAUAUCCAAUUUGUCAGUAUGGAAGUUAAAAGAGAGGUCAGUGGUGGUGUUGUGUGAUCAGGUUUGUGAUCGGCUAAUCGAUUGUAACUUAAGCUCCGCCCUUUAUUGAGUCUGUGACGUAUCUAUUCAGUGGCAUUGCUAGUUAUGUCAGGAUUAAUCGUGUGACGCACAAAAACAUUGACACGAUGUUGAUUAUUAGCAUUUAAAAAACGAAACAUUUAAGCACUUAAGAGAUGAAGCGGAACCGUUUAGCCACCAGCGAAUGGACUUGAGACUUUUCUUUUCUCCCCAAAACAGUUUCUCACUUUUUAUUGCUUUUUAUGUUUCUUCCGUGUUUCAGUGCUGCCUUUGACCUGCCCUUGUUGACUUCACCUAAAUCCAACUAGCUGUGCAUUAGCGGUGUCCAGAAAACAGUGCUGUGGGAUGACUUCGUAAACAGAGUGUAAACAGAAGCAGUUUAAUUCGCAUUGUUCUCAUUCAUCUCUACAUGAGAGAAACUGUGGUACUUUUGUGACAGCUAACUGCCGAUAGAUCGAUAGAUAGCAUGCUAGGUUAUUUACUUCAUACUGUGAUGCUGUCGAUACUGAGAUUAAAAUCAGCAAGGGAAUUUUUUAAAUAUCGUAUGAUAAUGUAUUUCAAUUCUGAUUAGCACGCUAUGGCCUAGCGAGGCCGUAUCUGGUGUCUGUGAGUCUCUGAAAAUCAUUUAGACAGGCUUUAGCUUUUAUGCCAGCAAAAAUUAACCGAUUCGUUCAAUCCUUAACACACUCUAGUCAGCAAGUGUGUGUUGAAAACGGUAUUGAAACACUUCGUGAGAAACGAAAUAUUUUUCUAUAAUCUCCUGUUCGAAUGACAAUCCGCCUUUUGCUCCGUGCCUGUUGCCAAAGUGACGCCGGUCAAGCUGCCAGUCCCGUAUCCCACAAUUCCCUUGCGUGUCAUAUGCAAUAGCUACCAAAACGUGUGUGUGUGUGUAUAGAUGUCCUGAUAUACAGCUUUAUUUUCGGUUUACGCUUCGGAACAUAGCUGCGUUCAGGACGGCUUUUUAUAAAGAAGUGUCCUCCUCUACAAGUUUACUGUGAAAGCACAGAAACAUAGUGGAUGCUCCUCACUUCCUCUGCCUCUUCCUGUUGCCUUUAUUUUUUUUUUCUUCAGUACACCAUCCUGACUAUUAUGAUAAAGAGUGAUCAGGAGUGAUGAUGAUGAUGAUGAUGAUGACGAUAUAAGGAUUUAAUAUGUGCACAUGCCUAUAGCGCUGAACUCUGGCUUGCGUGUGUGUGUGUGUGUUUAUUUGUGUUCUUCAUGUUUGUACAGUGAGAACGAGAGCUGCACAGAAAUCAUGUUUACUAAUAUAUACUUUCUCUAUAUUCUAUAUAUUUUGUGCAUAAAGUGUUGCCUGAAUUAAAGGUAUUAGAACGGA